UGCAGUCGAUGGCGAAGGACUUCAAGGAGGACAUGCUCCCAACGUGCAGGAUUGCUACAGAGCACCCACUUACUCGAGCGAUACCUAUCCGCGAUUUCCGCAGGAACUGAUCGACCGCAUCUGCGAAUUCCUCUUUUUGGAUCCUUUCACCCUGACGAGGUGCCGCCUUGUUUGUCAUGCUUGGGGUCAUGCUGCGCGGCGCAUCUCCUGGAGCAGCCGGCUCGUUUAGGACCCGAGAGGCCUUGGACGACUGCGUAUACAUGCUCAUGUCAAACGGCAAUCGACCAUACGGCAAGCAUUUUGAUGAUCUGCAAAUAUGGGAGAACUCUCACCGUCGUCGAAAGCCAUUCACACACAUCUGGCCGAUGCGCAUCCCCGGGCAUGUUCUACCACGAUUGAGGACGCUAGGACUAUAUGGCCUCGACUGGACAGCAACCAGACCACAUUAUCUUUUCUUCCACUUCCUUUCCUAUUACACCAGCAUCACGGUUCUGUCUGUGGGGCUCUGCCGCUUUCGCAGUAUGGCGGAACUCCGUAGGAUUUGCAAUGCACUACCAAGCCUCGAACAGCUAUCUCUCUCGGACAUCACAGUGCAGCACCCACUCAUGCCAGACUUGACGUCCCGCCAUAUUCCCUGGUCCCGCAACAAGCUCAAGACAAUUGAGCUUACAAUUGUUGCCUCAAUUUUCGAGCCGGUUGCUCACCUCCAUGAACACUGUCAAUCCUUGUUGGACAUGUGUAUCACGUACUCCUACGUAACAAUGCUGACCUUGGACCUGCGCUACUUCUCUUCGUUUUCACAUCUUCAUCAGUUUCUAUGCCAUUUCCCCCAUCUAUCCCGCUUGUCGCUACACGAGGCAUUCGGCUCUCACGUUGAGCCUGCAUCAGUGGCAGACAUCGCCCUAUACACAGCACAUGCAUCCAACCCCUCCUUGUCAUUUUUCCAGCUCUAUCAUGUUCCCGGGUCGUGGGCAUCACAGAUUCUACUGCCCAGGGUGGUCCAUGUGCGGAUCUUGGGCCACGCAUUACGGAGGUUCUUUGUCUCGCAGGAGCUACACUCAAGACGCUCGAGUGCUAUUUUGCUUAUGGAGGCUCAAUCCGCGAUAUCGUACCGCGACUUACAGCAAACACAUCAUUGACGAGACUAGUAUUAAGAUUCCACCGCAUCGAUGCAUCGCUCCCGAGGAUUCAAAAGGGCCUGGGUAUCUUGCUAUCGAACAUCCGAAGCUCGCACCUGAAGUCACUCCAAAUUUGGAUUGCCCUGUCUCGCUCCGAGACAUCUGAAGAUGGAAACGAGGCCUCAGUUAGUGAGACACACCCUCCCGGCUCCACGUCCACCUUCCACACUAUACUCUGUCGCAGUGUCUUUGACCAGCUUCCAAAAGUCUCUGACGUGUUUUGGGGCCGGGAUGGUGUACUGAUCAUAGUCAGUGAACUCGGAGUCGAGGGGGGAAAGUUCGAA